AUGGCUGCAGUGCGGGAAACAAAUGGGAAUGCUGGUGGUGAUUCUGAGCUGGAACGUCUGCACAGCUCUACUGCUCACGACUGGGAGACAGAAAGGCGAAUACGCAAAGAUUUCCAUGAUGAUGGGACAUUGACAUUUUUCUGGAGAGCUCACACAAUCCUUGUCCUUGUUCUGUUCAGCAUUAUCUUGAUUUAUGUUGCCCUAUUUGAGGAGCCCACACAAGACGCAGACUAUAAUACAAAAAGGGGUCUUUUCGCUGUAUGCUUAGUCUUUCUGUUGUUUGGGAUUAUUAAUACACCCGAUGGACCUUUUAUUAGACCACACCCAGUUUUCUGGAGGUUGAUAUUAUGUAUGAGUAUAUUGUAUGAACUAGCCUUGGUGUUUCUGCUGUUUCAGAAUGUGCAAGAUGCAAGAAACUUGCUGCUGAACAUUGAUGGCACAUUAGGUCAUCCACUGCCAGAGAAAGACUACGGUGGAAACUGUCUACUGUAUGACUCAAACCACACAGAUCCUUGGCAUAAUUUAAAGGACAAGAUAGAUGGAUUUGUCCCUACACAUUUUUUUGGCUGGUGGUUAAAGACGUUGAUACUCCGAGACUGGUGGCUGUGUACUGUGUUGAGCAUCAUGUUUGAGCUGUUGGAGUACACCUUUGAGCACCAGCUGCCCAACUUCAGUGAAUGCUGGUGGGAUCAUUGGAUCAUGGAUGCAUUCUUGUGUAAUGGAUUUGGCAUCUACUUCGGUAUGAAGACUCUCAAUUACCUGUCCAUGAAGCCUUAUCACUGGCGUGGUAUGUGGAACAUGCCAACAUAUGGGGGAAUGUUGAAGAGAUUGGCUCAGCAGUUCACACCAUACAGUUGGACAGACUAUGACUGGAAGCCAACAUCAAGCCUCAAGCGCUGGUUGUCAAUGCUUGGUGUUAUUUCAAUAUUUUUGCUUGCUGAGCUGAACACAUUUUACCUCAAGUUUGUGCUGUGGAUCCCCCCUGAGCAUUAUCUGUGUUUAGGCAGGCUGGUGUUCUUUUUGUUCAUGGGGGCAGCCGCUAUGAGAGAAGUUUUCCAGUAUCUGGAUGACCCAAACUGUAAAAGGUUUGGCCGCCAGUCCUGGGUGAUUGCUGCUGUAAUUAUCACUGAAUUUCUGAUUGUACUGAAAUUUGACUGGAACACAGUGACAAAACCCUUGCCCAAGCCCAUUGCUAUUUUUUGGAUAGUGGGACUGUUGUGUCUUCUGUUGUGGACAGUGUUGAAGUUUUACAUAUUAAAG